CAUGUACCCCAAAAGAUACAACAUUGUGUUAAGUUUUAGGAAUGAAGGUAACCCACUUUGUAAAUAAUUACACAUUAACAUUCAAACACAAUAUGUAUGAAUAUAACCAAAAUGUCUGUGAUCUAAUCACAAUAUCUGUGGAUAAUAUUUAAGGAAAAGACAAAAUUUCGUAUGAGGAGAUUCAAGGGUCAACUCUAAAGAUAAUGGACAAUGAUGUGAAAGCGUCAUGGGAUGAAAUGACAGACUACAGAAUUAUUUCAGCGCCAGUCUUCAGAUGUUGGCUUGUGCCGUUCCAGGCUGUGAUGAACGGAGAGAUUUCUGAUUUUACUGUUACUCACAUGUAGAGUUUAUAGCAUGUGUUUGUGAUAUAAUACAGAGCAUACCUUAACCAUUUGCCUCUUUGCUCCUCAACAUCUGCUUGAUUUUAUCCAUGUGCUUUUCUGUCUUUAUAAUGAAGUCAAACCAAUGCCUCUUGCAGUUGGACACAUAUUUUACUGUAUUCAUAAAAUCACAAUAAAAUCUACUAAGCAAUAAUGUGCUCCAACCAUCUGUAUGAUGUUUGCUGGAGUUUUAUAGAUGUACUACUGUAAAUCUCUAGCAAUAUUAUAUAGGUUUACAUUGGUUAAAUUAAAUAUGAGGAGCUCAGAUGCAAAAGCCACCUUAAUCCACUUAAACCCAGUGACAGGUCAUUCAGAAAUAACGUUUGUUGAUAGAAUCCAUUAAGAGUCUGAAUAAUAAAUGGUUGUGCAUCUGAACUCUUCAUAUACAGUACUUGUACUUUUUUUGGUAUGCCAUAAUAUGCAUGACUUGGAUAUAAAACAUAUAUAGGACAUACUGUAUGCAUUAACAAUAUCGCCCUUUUUCACAGCCAAGUCAAUGAUUAUUAUAAUAAAUCAAAUCAUAAUGAUUCAUGAAUUACAGUUUAGCAUUUGAUGUUGUGAGUCUGCAGAUACACAGACAAUCUAAAUGAUAUAUGUGAGAUCAUCUCAGUGCUCUGUCCUUUGCCCCUAUGUGUUUUAUACUGAUUUGCACUGUAAACUUGAGUUUAUGACCUGUAAAAAACAUCUACUGUAUCUUUCGGUCCAAAGAUAAGACUUCAACUUCGAUUCUGUGUAUUUGACUGAAAAUCUCUGUAUUAGCAUUAAAAUAUAUGAAGAAAAAUCUGAUUUAACUUCAAUUUCAUUGUAGGCUUUUGUAAUAUUGAACUCUCAUGCAGGCUGUGAAAAGUACAGAAACUAAAACAAAGUAUACAGAGCAGUGAACAACCUUGUUUUUGGAAGGUCUUAUCGAUUGACCGACACUGACAAUUCACUAAGUGAGAAGUUAAACAAAGCUCCUUGUGUAAAUCAGUGCGUCAUUGCGGUAAGGUCAAAGGCCAUUUGCCUUGCUCGCCUCUCCCACUAUUAAACUACUGUAGAUCUCAGUUUAAAGCACAGUAUGACACUCUUACUCAAACUCAAAUGUUACCUUAAACGUUCAAGCGGACUGAUACUCUGGAGUUUGAAGAUCUAAAUGGAUUAUCUUUCUCAAAUUCAAGAAAAGUCAGGAAAUUCCUCGACUAGAUCUGCGAUCACAUGCAGGUCUAACUUUCGCACAGUGUUUGGUGAUCACUUGUUGAAUACGUACUGAUUACAAAACAAUCUAGAAACUAUUUAUAGAGAUACAAGAUGAAUAAAACAUAACAUUGUGUUACAUGUACAAUACUUCUGGACACACCAUUAUGGUAAACCCUACCAGAAAGUUGGACAACAAUUCUGUUUAUGGACCAAAUGAUGUUGAGCAAGUGUUAGUACCCAUAUUUGAUACCUUCAUCCUAGUGACUGGUGUGGUUGGACACAUAUUGGUUCUUAUCAUCAUCUGUCGUACCAUGCGCAAAGGACGUGGACAGAUGAAUGGAGGCAGGACAGGAGGAAUACAAGAAACAAAUGCAAACGGAACCGAUGUUCUUCUUCUGUCAUUAAGUGUGGCCGACCUUCUGCUGCUUUCCUGCCUUCCUUAUCACACGGUUGCAAUUGCGACCCAUCACUGGCCCUUUGGGAGCUUCAUGUGUAAAUCUGUGAGCUUCCUAAGUGCGAUGUGUACCUCUGCCAGUGCCUUCACACUCGCUGCUUUGGCGUUUGGUCGGUUCCUCAUUGUGGUGCACCCAUCAAAAGCGUAUCGAUGGCGCAGAGAAGGCCGAUUGAAAAUAAUAGCUGGUGCAUUGUGGAUACCUGCUAUAGUCCUUGCAUCGCCUCAGUUUGCAUGGCGGAUGGUGAUUUUAGGGCCUGAAGCCCGUGAGGACCUGGCAUGUUUUAAUUUCUUAUCCGAUAAAGGCCAGUUGGCAUAUGGAGUGUGUCACUUUCUACUGGCUUUUGCCUUUCCACUUGGGAUCAUUGUAAUAGCCUAUGCCAAGAUCUACCAUUUCCUUAAAAAGACCAGACAGAGCCGAAUAAGCCAGGCGGACCGUUUGGAACAAUAUCAUGUGAAGGUAACGCAAACAUCAGCUAUGUUAGUGCUGGCAUUUGCAUUGUGCUGGCUGCCUUCAUAUGGUUUAAUGUUUGCCCAGAUAACUGAGAGUGAUGCGACUUUACCUCGCUUGGGACCUUUUGCUACCUUCGCUCGCAUCAUGGCAACCUCGUCUACUGUGGCCAAUCCUAUUCUCUAUGUUUUUAUGUCUGAGAAAUUCAGGAAGGAACUAAUAAAUCUGGGUCAAGAAUGUUGUAAAAGCAGAGCUGUCUAAAUAUUAAACUGGACAUUUAUUUUAUCCCUUUCAUAAAAAGUUGUUUACAAACCUGAAUGUGUAAGUGUUAACAAAUGUUUUUGUUUGUUUGUUUGUUUUUUAGCUUAAUUAUUAUUUAAGUAUAAGGGAUGACAUGAAAGCUUAAAAAAGUUGAGACUAUUUUACACUGUCAGAUAAAAAGUACAAAAGAUGUCACUGUAAUGAAAAAUGUCCUAAUAAUGUGCCAAUAUGGCCUCUAAUACUGUACAGUUAUGCAGCUUUUAGGUACAAUAGUGCACUUUUUGAAAUGGUACCGUGCCCAGUGACAUCUUUUUCUACCGUUUAACAGAGACUAAUAUACAUUAACUGCUUCAGUUAUACUGUAUUGGUUAUAAUACACUGUUACUUUGUACAUACUUUAAAUAUUUUGUGUCAAUACAAUUGCAGACUCAAAUGGUUUGUUUAUCACAAGGGGUGCUGUACUCAGAAAGACUUUAAUGUGAAACUAACCAAAAGAAAUACUUUUGUUUCAGUUUGCAAACCCAAAAUUGACAAUAUGGUUAUAUCC